AUGUCCUACUACAACCAGCCAUACGGGCAGAGCAACAAUGCGCCGGCCUCGUCUAACCUACAAUUCUACCCUUCCUCCUACACAAACGUCUCGGGCCACACGACACCAUCUCAAGCAUCGUUUGGCGGCUAUGGCGCAGGCAGCACGGCGCCCGCAUAUCCUGGGUACGGUGCAAGCGCGUCCGGCGGCUUCAGUGCAGGAGCGGGAAUUUCAGGAGUCAGUGGCCGCAUGGGAGACUCUGGAGGGUUAAGGACUGGCUGGCUGGCUGCCUUCGGGACAGAAGGGUACGAAGGAGAACCAGGAUUGAUGGAGGAGCUUGGGGUGAACUUUUCACAUAUCAAGACCAAGACACUCACAGUACUCAAUCCAUUGACCCGGCCGUCGCCGCAUAUCAUGGACGACAGCGAUCUAUAUGGAGGUCUUCUCUUCCUCAUCCUGUACGGCACGUUUCUCGCCCUGUCCGGCAAGUUCUUCUACGGAUACAUCUACGGCAUCGCGUUGUUCGGGUCGAUCGCGCUGCACUGGAUGUUUGCGCUGAUGACGCCACCUAUGGACCCCAACGACACGGACCAGAUGUCGCAGGCGCAACGGGACCAUGGACAGGACAGUUCGGGACACGGUGGCGGUCACUUCUCGAGCACGCUGACUUACUCGCGCAGCGCGAGCGUGCUUGGGUACUGUUUCCUACCGCUGGUCUUUACGGCUCUGUUUGGUGUGUUGCUGCCCAUGGACACCGCGAUGGGGUAUGUCUUGACCGCCGCGGCGGUGGGGUGGUGCACUUACAGCAGCUCGGGAAUGUUUGUUAGCGUGGGCAGGAUGAAGGGCAUGCGCGGCUUGGUCGCCUAUCCUCUGGCAUUGUUCUAUGUUGGCUUUGGCAUCAUGGGCAUCUUCUCGUCUAGGGGGAGCGGUAUGCUGGAAGGCAAGGUCAUGUGA